UCUCUGUUCUAGAGUCCACUUUUUAACUUCACUUGUUUAGUCAUUCUGUCCCAGUCCCACACCUGACGGCAAAAUGACUGACAGAGGAGCCUUCGACACCAACGUGCAGACCCUCACCAGGUUUGUCCUGGAAGAGGGACGGAGGGCCCAUGGCACAGGAGAGCUCACCAACCUGCUCAACUCCAUCUGCACGGCUGUCAAAGCCAUCUCAACCGCUGUCAGGAAGGCUGGGAUUGCUAACCUAUUUGGCAUCGCUGGAAGCACCAACGUGACAGGAGACCAGGUGAAGAAGCUGGACGUCCUGUCCAAUGACAUGGUCAUCAACAUGAUCAAGUCCUCCUUCACCUCCUGUGUGCUGGUGUCAGAGGAAGACGAGAAGGCCAUCAUUGUGGAUCCAGAUAAUAGGGGAAAAUACAUCGUGUGCUUCGAUCCACUGGACGGCUCCUCAAACAUCGACUGCCUCGUCUCCAUUGGAACAAUUUUUGCCAUCUACAAAAAGACAACAGAUGACGAGCCAGUUGAAGCCGACGCUCUGCAGCCUGGUAGAAACAUCGUAGCAGCUGGUUACGCUCUAUACGGCAGUGCCACCAUGAUGGUCCUCUCCACUGGUCAGGGAGUCAACUGCUUCAUGCUGGACCCUGCAAUUGGUGAGUUCAUCUUGGUGGACCAAGACGUGAAGAUAAAGAAAAAGGGAAAGAUCUACAGUUUGAACGAGGGAUACGCACAGUUUUUUUAUCCAGAUGUGACAGAAUACCUGCAGAAGAAGAAAUAUCCAGAGGAUGGUUCAGCUCCAUACGGCAGUCGAUAUGUUGGUUCAAUGGUAGCUGAUGUUCAUCGGACCCUGGUGUAUGGAGGGAUCUUUUUAUACCCUGCUAAUGUCAAGAGUCCUGCGGGCAAGUUGAGGCUGCUGUACGAAUGCAACCCCAUGGCCUUCAUCAUCGAGCAGGCUGGAGGAAUGGCCACAACAGGAGCUAUGAAUGUUCUGGACAUCCAGCCCACCUCCAUCCACCAGAGAGUUCCUGUAGUCCUGGGGUCUCCUGAUGAUGUGAAGGAGUAUCUGGACAUCUGUAAGAAGCACAAAAAAUGAGUCUUCAGCAGGACAAGUCUGGUGUUGAGAAACCAACCAACAACAAAAAUGAAGAGGCUCAAUUCUCAAAGUGUUUCUUUUCAUUCCCUCGACUGCAUUAGUGAAAGGACCAUGCACUUUACUAGGUCUGUUCAGUCUGCCUCACAUAUGCUGAUUCCAUCUUGGUGCUGUAAGAGUUAUUUGUUCAGACAAACAUAUUUUUUAAAUAAACACAUGAAGAAAAUC